AAAAACUAUCUUAAUUGUUGCGCCGCGUUGAAACGCUAGGGGGCAGUGUUAUAUUGCAAGUGCACUCAUGAUUGAAGAGGCUGGCCGGAUGUGGCAGCUGCUCUGAAGCGGAUGCUGAAAUUUCAAGAUGGAGUUGGAAGGCAUCGAUCAGAUGGAAAUGGGAGACAAUAAAGGGGGAUCAGGGCUCAGACAGUACUACUUGUCCAAAAUUGAGGAGUUGCAGUUGACAGUGAAUGAAAAGAGCCAGAACCUUAGACGUCUGCAAGCACAGAGGAAUGAGCUCAAUGCCAAAGUGCGUCUCCUGCGUGAGGAGCUGCAGUUACUGCAGGAGCAGGGAUCAUAUGUGGGAGAGGUUGUCCGGGUCAUGGACAAAAAGAAAGUGUUGGUCAAGGUCCACCCAGAAGGAAAAUUUGUCGUGGACGUGGACAAAAACAUCGACAUCAAUGACGUGACCCCAAAUUGCCGUGUGGCUCUGCGAAAUGACAGCUACACCCUUCACAAGAUCCUGCCUAACAAAGUGGACCCUCUGGUUUCUCUCAUGAUGGUGGAGAAGGUGCCAGAUUCCACUUAUGAAAUGAUUGGCGGUCUGGACAAACAGAUCAAGGAGAUUAAAGAAGUUAUUGAACUGCCUGUCAAGCAUCCAGAGCUGUUUGAAGCUCUGGGAAUUGCUCAGCCCAAGGGCGUGUUGCUGUAUGGACCUCCAGGCACAGGAAAGACCCUUCUGGCCAGAGCCGUAGCCCAUCACACUGACUGUACUUUCAUCAGAGUGUCUGGCUCUGAAUUGGUCCAGAAAUUCAUUGGAGAGGGCGCUCGGAUGGUGCGUGAGUUGUUUGUCAUGGCUAGAGAGCACGCUCCCUCCAUCAUCUUCAUGGAUGAGAUCGACUCCAUCGGCUCCUCUCGUCUGGAGGGCGGCUCGGGUGGAGACAGCGAGGUGCAGAGAACAAUGUUGGAGCUGCUGAAUCAGCUAGAUGGUUUUGAAGCUACAAAGAACAUAAAGGUCAUCAUGGCCACCAACCGGAUCGACAUUCUGGACUCGGCUUUGCUCCGGCCAGGAAGGAUUGACAGGAAGAUUGAGUUUCCCCCUCCCAAUGAAGAGGCCCGUCUGGACAUCCUGAAGAUUCACUCGAGGAAGAUGAAUCUGACACGCGGCAUUAAUUUAAGGAAGAUUGCAGAGUUGAUGCCUGGAGCUUCUGGGGCUGAGGUCAAGGGAGUUUGCACAGAGGCUGGAAUGUACGCUCUGAGAGAGCGCAGAGUUCAUGUCACUCAGGAGGAUUUUGAGAUGGCCGUGGCAAAGGUGAUGCAGAAGGACAGUGAGAAGAACAUGUCUAUCAAGAAGCUGUGGAAAUAAGAUUGCAGCUGCAUAUGUACAUUUUCCUUGUUUAUGGUUUGUAACAAGUCAAUAAAAACUUUUUCCCCCCCUAA